GAUUGGUUCCCAUUUGAAAGUCCAAACAACGAUAACAAAGACAAUGAUAACAACAACAACAUUGAAAAGGAACAUAGUGAAGGCAACAGUUUGUCAACAACUACAUCGACAACAACGUUGCCACAAAAGAAACUGAACAUUGCUAUUGUAGUGUCCAGUUUUGAAGGUCUCUACUCAACCUCUGGUAUUGGAACGGUCUACUCGAUUCUGGCCGACUUCCUUGUGGCAAGAGGUCACGAGGUCACCGUUGUGUAUGCCAGUGAUGAGGUCACCGAUCGUAUGUCUUUCACUCAGUGGAAGACAUUGCUGAGGGAUAGACGUGGCAUAACAUUGGUCAGCUUGCCGCCCUCGCAGGUCGUCCUGGACAACCCGCAUCUAGUCAAGCGCUCGUACCGUGUCUAUCAAUACCUGCGCGACACUCAGUACGACCUGGUGCACUUCCCCGACUUUGAGGGCAUGGGCUACUACACAUGUCUGGCCAAGCACAGUGGCCAACACUUUGCCUCCACAAGUCUUAUAGUCGGUCUGCACGGUCCUUCGGCAUGGGUCAUCCAGUCGAACCGCAAGCAUGGCGCCACACAAGAGUCUGAGUUUGAGCUCGACUACAUGGAGCGCAAGUCAGUCGAGUACGCAGACCAUGUGUGGACGCCCUCCAUCUACAUUGUCGACUGGCUCAAGAAGCAGGGCUGGCUCAUCCCUCAGGAGCGCCUCUCACUGCUCCCCUUCCUUGCGCCAGUUGUCUCAGAGGACUCCGCCACAAAGCAUCACCUGCAGCAGGACAGGACCACGCAGCCGAUCCAAGAGUUAGUUUUCUUUGGUAGACUGGAGAAGAGAAAGGGUGUCGUGCUGCUGGCCGACGCACUUGACCUGCUGGCCCGACACGACAGCAGCACGUUUGAGCUGCGAAACAUUCGCGUCACCUUCCUUGGUCGCGCCUCACACAUCAUCAUCCCAUCACUUGAAGAUAACGCGCCUUACACUCUGUAUGAGUGUUUGUACCGUGGCAUUCCAUUCAUUGCCAGUUCGACACCAUCGAUGAUCCCACUCAUUGAUGCACGUGACAGAGAUGACGUGACAUUCGACGUCAAGCCAUAUCUCCUGUUGCGUAAGCUGUCGUCCGCCAUGAAGAAGGGCGUCACCAUCGCUCGUCCAACCUUCACCGCCGACAAGUCCCUUCAGUACUGGACGUCCUUCUACGCAUCGCUCGAGAACCAACAGUUGAGGAUGUUGGCAGCCAGCACUGAGGACAGCAGUGAGCAACAGGAGCCAUUGGUUUCCGUGUGCAUUGUUCACUACAAUCGUCCACAGUUGUUGUAUCAAGCAUUGGUAUCCAUUGAGCAGCAACAUUAUUCCAACUAUGAGGUGAUCCUGGUGGACGAUGGAAGUAACACAACCGAGGCUCUGCAUUACCUUGACAAGCUGGACGAGAGCUUCAAGUCCAGAGGCUGGCAGCUGAUCCGCACAGCUAAUCGCUACCUUGGUGCGGCCAGAAACACAGCUGCACGCGCAGCCCGCGGUCAAUAUCUCUACUUCCUGGAUGAUGAUAAUGCCGCCUAUCCACAAGCCCUCAGCACCUAUGUGCGCAUUGCUCAGCAUACUGAGGCCGAUGUCGUCACUGCACCUCACUCGAUCAUCAUGACAGUCGACCAGCCCGAUGCCAACACUCCCAUCGAUCGCCAAUGGGCUCCAUUGGGUCCAUCACUCUCAGUCGGCCUUUUCAAGAACUGUUUUGGUGAUGCCAACUUCUUUGUUCGUCGCGAUGUCUUUGACAAUGCAGGCGGAUUCACGGAGGAGGUCGGCGUCGGUCUGGAGGACCACGAACUGCUUGCCAAGCUGGCAAUUGAUGGCCGUCGCAUGAUAGUUGCACCUGACCCCUUGCUCUACUACCGUAUGCACGACACACGAGGCCAGAUGGUGUUCAAGACCGAGAAGCACCUGAAUCAAAUGCGUUACAUACGUCCAUAUCAGAGCGCCUUUGGUGGUGAUGCCAAGCCUGUCAUGAAGCUUCUGGCCAGUAUCCAGGAGGACCCAGCCACAUUGGCCCCACCCACGUGUAACAUCACAAUUACAUCGGUCAGUCCCAACAGAGGCCCCGUGCGUGGUGGUACCAGAGUCCUCAUCUCUGGUUCAGGCUUUGAUUGUCAGUUUGCCAACAUCUUCUUUGGCCAACAUCCAUGCCAGAAGGUCGAGAUGGUCAACUCGCGUCAACUGUACUGUGUGACGCCCAAGGGCUUUGGCCCCGAGACUGUGGACGUCAUCAUCUGGUCCAAAGGACGUCCAAGCACAUUGUUUGCCGGUUUCACCUACGUUGCCGACCGUGCUCCAACACUCACCGAGUGUGAUCUGGAUGGCGCUGGCAACAUUGAAUGUCGUUUCAGCACAGAAGUUGGCCCAGUCAAGCCAGGCUCAUCUGCGUGUAACACAUUCUUCUCACCGGGUACCGUCAACAUCUUGGGUUCAUCGCCAGUCUGUACCUUCACCAACAACGACACGCUCACACUUACUCCCAGCAGUGACGCAUCCAUCGAUGUUGGCGACACUGUGGAGACCCUACCUGGAACCAUCGAGUCACCUGAUGGUGAGUUGAACAAUCAAGAGUCCACACAGGUUAAAGUGAAGGACCGUCUGCCACCACUUGCUGUUAUCAAGGCCCCAACUGAGACCGGUACUUGUGGUCCUAUGAUCCUGGACGCAAGAUACUCUCUUCCUGGCUCCGGUCGUCAUCUCAAGUAUGAGUGGAAGUUAGUGUCGGCGCCCGACCACCAGAGUGAGCUCGAGUCCAUCGUCCAGAGCACCAAGGAUGCCUCCCUCGUCAUCUCCAACUCAUCAUUCCAAGCUGGCUCGUCCUACACAUUCCAGCUCAUCGUCACCAACAUCAUCGGCCUGCAGGACAACUCCACCGUCACAGUCAAUGUUGUCGCCGGAGAUGGCUUGCACACAAUGAUCGAAGGCCCACACGAGAUGACCAUCAGCAAGAAUGAUCUUCAAAUCGAGGCUGAGGCAUGGUACACCAGUUGUGUCUCGUCGGGUGAGGACCCCAAGAUCACCUACCAAUGGACAGUCACACCGCCACUCACAUUGGGACAGACCAACAGCAAGACAUUGUUUGUGCCAUCCGACCAAUUGAAGCCAGGUGCAUCAUACGUGUUCACACUCAAUACUGCCGCCGCCGACAAGAAGGCCACAGCUACUAUCAAGGUCAAUGUCCGAAAGACUCCAGUCUACACAUUGAUAAAGGGUGGAGACAAGACUGUUAGCAGAGGACAGACAGUCACACUUGAUGCCUCACAAUCGAGCGACCCUGAUGGAGGCAACCUCCAGUACUCAUGGACUUGCACUUCAUCAGAUGGAUCAGAUUGUCCCCUGAGCUUGCCCUCCGAGCCAAUCGUAAGCUUCAACAGCAGUGAGCUGCCAGUUGGUGCCUACACCUUCAAGGUUACUGCGACACCAAGCGAUGACCCCAAGCGCGCAUCCAGUGCGGUUCGAUCAAUCAUUGUGACCGACACUCCAACCAUCAAUGUUGAGAUCGACACCAGCAUGCUUCCCAAGCAUAUCGACCCCGGCCAGAAGCUCGUGUUCAAGUCCAUCCUAGUCAACAACUCGAUCCCAAUCUCGCGUCUGACAUUCGACUGGAAGAUGGACGCCGGCCAGCUCAAGAUGGACCAACCAUACGCCACACCCACCAACCAGCGCAACCUGGCUCUCAAGUCUGGUGCACUAGGCGCCAGCACAAUGUACACCGUGAGCGUCCAUGUCAUGGACAAGCUUACCAAUAUGACAGGACAGGCCUCAACCACGUUCCGCACAGAGGCCGUGCCGUCCGGUGGCAUGAUCAAGACCAAUGCCACCAAUGGAACUGUGUUUGACAAGUACGAGGUCACCCUGGGCAAGAACUGGGCCGCCGACUCUGGCAUCCUUGGCUACAGCUUCCGUUAUAGCAUUGGUGCCGACCCUCAGGAGUACCCAAUUGGUGAGCGUCAGCCCUCGCCAACCAUCAGCACUUACCUGCCCCCAGGAGAAAUCAAGGUCAAGGGUUACGCAAUCAGUGGAAACGGUGCAGCAUCGUCAUCAUCCACCUCCAUCUCUGUGGCUCAGCCAUCUGCCGACGACAAGGAGAAGGUGUUGUCAUUCAUCACAGACCUCGUCACCAAGGACAAUCUGAACCUGUAUGACAUCACAUUCGCCAUUCGUUUGGGUAACAGCAUCCUGCCACCGAAUGAUCACGACUACAAGUGUGUCUGGUGGGAUGACACCACAUCUCUCUGGUCCAGCGAGGGCUGUACUACUGAGUUCCGUAGUGGCCGUGUCGUCUGUCAAUGUAACCAUCUGACCCAGUUUGCAUUGCUAGGACGUGUCCGCGCCAAGAGCAACCUGACCAGGAUCCUGAUCAUUGUUGGAUCGGUCGUUGGUUGUGUCCUGUUUGCCGGUCUUCUCGUCGGUAUGUUCGUCGUGGCCAAGCGCAGACGUCAAGCCAAGAAGAAGGACCCCAAGAAGCCAGAGGACAAGAAGAAGGAGGAGGCCAAGGAGAAGAAGGAGGCCAAGAAGAUUGCCGCCAAGGAGAAGAGGGCCACGGCAGCCGCAACCGCAGCAGCCAAGAAGGCCGCCUCAACCAAGGGCAAGGAGAAGGACCCUGCCGCCGCCGAUGAAAACAAGCAACCUGGCGAGGAGAGGAUCACCGAAGUAUCAUUUGGUGAUGAGAACGAGAAUGACUACAUUCUACAAGAGUUCAAGGAGAUCUACGAGAUUGUCAAGCAGCGUGAGCAACUGGCCACACCAAAGAAGCAACCGCCCCCAGUGUCGCCACUGACCACCAACGGCUCAAUCAGCUCCGCCGAGCCGAGCCCCGCCACAUCGGUCCCAUCAAUCGCCUCGACACCCGAGCAACACGGAGUGUACACCGAGGUACAUGAGCAAGCAGCACUGCGCAUCCAGCGAGUGUGGAGACGUCAUCAGGCGCAGGUACAGCUGGCCAAGGAACUCGAGGUCGAGAACCUGAUGGACAACAUUGGUAACCUUUUGGCCGACAUUGACAACAUUGAUCCAUUGGACGACAACAACUAUGGUGAUGACUUCUACGCCGACAUGGAUGCA